UUGUCGUAGAGUCAAGUGCUUUAAGGCGGAUUAAAGAAAACUUUUUCUAAAAAAAAUAAUUAAUUGGACGUAAUAAAUUAAAACUCAAAUAAUUAUUGAAAAAUGCCUAAUAUAACUAUACCGAAAACUGUUAAUCCCGAUAUAGAUAUUGAACGUAAAAAUGCUACAUUCGAUACGGAAGAAUUUGCCAUCUGGUUUUAUGGUGAUAAGACAACUUUAGAUAUGAAACGAUUAAUCGAGGACGAGAUUUAUCAGAACUUAGAUGAUCCAUUAGAUCAUGAAUUUCUAUCCUAUGAAGAUUUGGCAACUAGGGCUGUUAAACAUGCCAUAGAUGCGAUUAAAAAAAUACGCAUUUUACAAAAUCGUAUCAAUCCAAAUGGUUCCGAAGUUUAUUCAUUUCUAAUGGGUGGCCCUAUAGGUGGCGCCUUAAUGCCUGCUGGUAAUCCUUUAGCGGUUCACAGUCUGAUGUUUACUCGUGCCAUUAAAGGUCAGGGUACACGGGAACAAUAUGAAAUGUUUGGUCGUCGUGCUGAAAAAUGGGAAAUACUAGGUACCUAUGCUCAAACGGAAUUGGGUCAUGGUACAUAUUUGCGUGGUUUAGAAACUAGAGCGGAUUAUGAUUUACAAACUCAGGAAUUUAUAUUAAACACGCCCACUUUAACGUCCUACAAAUGGUGGCCAGGAGGAUUGGGCCAUGUCUGCAACUAUUGUAUAGUGGUGGCACAAUUAUAUAUCGCUGGCGAAAGUAAGGGUAUUCAGAUGUUUGUAUUACAAGUUCGUGAUGAAGACACACAUAUGCCCUUGCCGGGUAUACAUAUUGGUGAAAUUGGCAAGAAAAUUGGUUUGAAUGGCAUUAAUAAUGGUUUUUUGGGUUUGAAAAAUGUGCGCAUUCCUCGUCAAAAUAUGCUGAUGAAAAACCAACAAGUUUUACCAGAUGGUACAUUUAUAAAGAGUUCUGAUUCUAAACUAUCCUAUUUUCCUAUGGUCUAUGUUCGUUGUAUGGUGGCCUUAGGUAAUGCAUUCGUUUUGGCUCAAGCUGCCACCAUUGCUACACGUUACUCGGUGGUAAGACGUCAAAGUCCCAUUGAGGAAAAUGAACCAGAACCUAAGGUUAUGGAACAUUUGACUCAACAAAUGAAAAUUUUACCCGAAAUUUCAACGGCUAUUGCCUAUCGUUUGGCAGCUGGCACUUUAUUAGGUCUAUAUGAGCAAACCUCUCAGGAUAUUGCUCAACAGGAUUUCUCUCGUUUACCCGAAUUACACGCCUUGGCGUGUAUUCUUAAAGUAUCUUGUUCUUAUGAUUCAACUUUCGGUAUCGAACGUAUGCGUCAGGGUUGUGGUGGACAUGGUUAUUUGACUGCUGCCAAUAUGGGUAAUCUUUUUACACUUGCUACAGCUGCCUGCACGUAUGAGGGAGAGAAUACAGUGUUGUAUUUACAAGUUGGUAAGAUUUUAAUAAAAUCUUGGUCUGAUGUUUUGGCGGGCAAACGUUUGAUGCCCACUUUAUCGUAUUUAUCGGAAUGUUCGGCAUUGAAUAACUUUCCCAAAUGGACGGGCACUUGGAGUUGUUUGGUGAAAGCUUUGCAGUAUGCUUGUGUUGGAUCAACUCGCAUUGCCCAUAAAAACUAUAAUAAACGCAUUGAAGAGGGUCAAAGUCAGGCCUCUGCUGCUAAUAAUACAGCAUUAGAAAUGGCUAAAGCAGCAGAAUUACACGGUCGAGCCUUUGUGGCCAAUAAUUUCUAUGAAGAAGUCAUUAAUGGUCUCAAAAGAGAUCAACGUUCGGCCGAGUUGCAAAAAGUAUUGGAAAAACUUUUAGAAUUACAUUUAUUACAAACAUUUUUCCGUCAUAUGGGUGAUAUAUUGAGAUUUAUUCCCUUAAGCGAACAGCAAAUCGAUCCUUUACAAACUCGUUUAGAAGUAGUUUUGAAAUCGUUAAGACCCGAUGCGGUGGCUCUUGUUGACGGUUUUGAUUUUCAUGAUUGUGCUUUAAGCUCCGCUUUGGGUUCCUACGAUGGCAAUGUUUAUGAACGUUUAUUUGAUGCGGCUCUUAAACAUCCCCUUAAUCAGAAACCUGUGGCGAAAUUUUACGAUUUACAUUUAAAACCUUUUCUGAGAGAAAAUGCUGUAGCUGCUAGGGAAAAGUCAAAAUUGUAAGGGGUUGUAGUGCUAUUAAAAAAUAAUGUAAUUAGUUGGUUACUUAAUAAGCUUUAAUAGUUUUAAUAUAAUAAACUUUUGUAAUUUUGUAAAAAAUAGUUUGUAAA